AUUUCUAACAUAUGCAUGUUUGUAAAAAUCCCCUCUUGUUUAUCAAUAUCAUGGCUUCUAAGAUUUCAUUUCUAUAUGCUUUGCAUGUUUUCUUGUUUGUCAUUCCAUCUAGCACUUCAAUCCACACCAUUAGUCUUAAUGAAUCCAUUAUGGACAACCAAACCCUAGUUUCAUCGGCUGAAAAUUUCGUGCUAGGGUUCUUCCGCCCUGUCGGUUCUCUCAACCGCUACGUAGGGAUAUGGUACAACAACGUCAGGAAGCAAACGGUCGUGUGGGUCGCCAACAGAGAAAAGCCAGUUACAGAUUCUUCCGGCAUCCUCACCAUCAAGAACGGCAACCUCGUCAUCUUGGAUGGGAAUGGCACUGACGUGUGGUCCACUAACGUUUCGACCACCGUCACAGAUUAUGCAAGUGCUAGGCUUUUAGAUUCUGGAAAUCUUGUUUUAAGCUCUGGAGAUGAUGAAAACAAUGUGAAGGUGGUGUGGGAAAGCUUCGACCAACCUACAAAUUGGUUCCUUCCUGGUAUGAAACUAGGGAAGAACUCUAGGACUGGUCUGGACUGGUACCUUACGUCAUGGAAGUCCUCUAAUGAUCCAGCUCGUGGGGAUUUCUUGUUUCGUAUCAAUAUUCAAGGAAUACCCCAGUUCUUCUUAAUGAAGGGAUCAAAUUCAAGUUGGAGAAGUGGGCCAUGGAAUGGCAAGAGACUGAGCGGUACGCGGGGUAUGGAUCUUGAAUUUAUAUACACUAACCAUUUUGUUUCAAAUGAUGAGGAAACUUACCUCACAUACAAUCUCACCAGCACAUCGGCAAUCUCGGCGAUGACUCUGGGGACCACAGGCCAGCUUCAAUGGUUAACAUGGAUCAAUAGCAGCCAGACAUGGAAUCCUUACUGGUCGGCCACGGAGGACCGGUGUGACGCUUAUGCUGAGUGUGGGGCCUACGCCGCCUGUACUACUAACACAGUGCCAUGUGAAUGUUUUCAUGGGUUUGAGCCCAAGUCACCCCAAGACUGGUUUCUGAGGGAUGGAUCAGAUGGUUGCGUUAGGCGGGCCAGAUUGGAGUGUGGAAAGGGUGAUAAGUUCAUCAAGAUCGAACGGGCGAAGCUGCCGGAUGCAUCCGUUGCACGUAAGGUCGCCGGAGUGAGUCUCGACAAGUGCAAAGAUGUGUGCUUGAACAACUGUUCUUGCACUGCUUAUGCUAGUGCUGAUAUUAGCCAAGGGGGGAGUGGAUGUAUGAUCUGGGAUGGGGAUUUGAUUGAUCUCAUGGUGUUUCCUAAUGGAGGGCAGGAUUUUUACGUACGUGUGGCUGCUUCAGAAGUAGAAGAAUCGACUAGCUCAAAGAAGAAACCGACGGUGGUGAUUAUUGUAGUAUCGAUCAUCUCGGGAAUGCUUCUCUUGGGCUCAUGCGGCUACUGCUGGAGAAAGAAGAAGAGCAAAAGAAAAGGUACAUAUGACUCAUUUGAUUGUGGUGGGGAGGAAAGAAAAAGUGAUAUCCUUUCAACAGAGCUUGAAGAAUCUACAGAGAGCCCAGAUCUUCCAUUGUUUGAUUUGAGCAUUAUAGUAGGUGCUACAGAUAAUUUCUCUGCAGUAAAUAAGCUUGGUGAAGGUGGAUUUGGCCCUGUUUACAAGGGUGAGUUGAUGAACGGAGAUGAGAUAGCAAUUAAAAGACUUUCUAAAAGUUCUGGGCAAGGGAUUGAAGAAUUCAAAAACGAAGUUGCAUUGAUAGCCAAACUCCAACACCGGAAUCUAGUUAGGAUGCUCGGCUACUGCAUUCAAGGAGAAGAAAAGAUGUUGAUUUAUGAGUACAUGCCCAACAAAAGCUUGGACUUCUUUAUUUUCGUAUGAA